AUGCGAGAGCUCCAAAUCCGCUGCUGCUGCUACACCAAUCAGUGCCAGCAAACAUGUUCUCAACCUCAGGGUCAGCCAAUUCGUCCUGGUCACACCAUUUGCAUUUCUCUGCCUACUCCCUAUAGGAGGCCAGUUUCUGCUGAGGUUUUGGCCAGUUAUCGCCGCUAUCACCUGGGUCAUCUGUCUCAAGAGCUCUGCUCUUUCCUGGAACGACUGUGUUCCCCUACACUCCCUGAGCAGCCUCUCACGCUCUUUCGCAUUGUGCAGACGCCUAUGACUCAGUCUUUCUCCACUCAAACACUCCUGCCUCCUGUCCUGGUGGACCAAAGGACACAAACUGAUGGUUGUCCUCAUGCUGAACCCUGCUGCCCUAGGCUGACAACUCCUGCCUCCCCUCCUCGUAUCUCAUCUCCUCCUUUUGCCUAUAUUCGCCCUCUCUCCCCAAUUUGGCUUCUUCUCCCUCUAACUCUGAGCCUGGUUCCCCAGGUUUUGUCCCCUCUUCUCCUUCUCCCAGGCCUGGGUCCCCAGACUACACCCCUACUUCUCCCAGGCCUGAUAGCUCUGGGGGAGGACACGUUCGAGCUGCACUCGGUAGAACUGGAAUUAGAGGCCGUGGAGAAGCAGAUCCACGACCUACAGGUGAAGCAGGCCGAGCUGCGGGAGCGGAAAGCCGCGCUGGAAGCUCCCCGGUCGGCCGCUCACCCGUCUCAGGCCCAAUGCACCCAGGAAGUGGCCUGGCCAGGGGCAGUUCACUCCGGCGCCAGGGCACCGCGGAUCCUGGGUGCAGCAGCAGAGGACACGUGCCAGUCCGAGGAACUCCCCCCACCACCACCGCUGGUCUUCGAGAUCCCCACCGGAACCGAUUUGCCCCCCUUCGCGAAACGGCCCGCAACACUGAGUCUCCUGUCUAAAGAUCUGCUGCUGUGUCUGAUCUGUGUGGAUGUGCUCACUGAUCCAGUCACCACUCCAUGUGGACAUAACCUCUGUAAGAGCUGCCUUACACUGUGCUGGGACAUGAAUCAACACUGUCACUGUCCAUUAUGGAACAAGAAAUUCACCAAGAGACCUGAACUGAAGAUUAAUACAACACAGAGAGAGGUUGCAGAUCACUUCAAGAAGAAAAGUGGUUCUAACAAACCUGAGGUUCUUUGUGAUGCCUGCAGUGGAGAGAAGCUGAAGGCCCUAAAAUCCUGUCUGGAUUGUGGACUGAGUUUCUGUAAAAUUAAUUUAGAGCCACAUUAUCAUGUUCCAAAACUUAAGAAACACAAACUAAUAAACCCUGUGGAGAACCUGGUGGCCAACAUAUGCCAGAAACAUGAGAGAAGAAGCACAGAGAAAGAGAAAGCAGACAAUGUUAAAGUCUUCACUGCUCUGAUUCACUCCAUUGAGAGAAGUCAGGCUGAGCUGCUGGAGAUGAUGGAGGAGAAGCAGAAAGCAGCAGAGAGGAAGGCUGAAGGACUCAUUAAAGAGCUGGAGCAGGAAGAGACACUGACUCUGUCUCAGCUUCAGCAGACUCUGAAUGAGAAACUCACUAAAUCACUCAAUUACAAGUUAAAGAAAACAGUUUCCACAGAACUGAAGAGGAUUCAGCAGUAUGCAGUGGAUGUGACUCUGGAUCCUGAUACAGCUCAUCCUGAACUCAUCCUGUCUGCUGAUGGAAAACAAGUGACAGAUGGAGACAAAAGACAGAAUCUCCCUGAUACACCACAGAGGUUUAAUCGGUGUAUCUGUGUUCUGGGAAAGCAAAGUUUCUCCUCAGUGAGAUUUUAUUAUGAGGUGCAGGUCAGAGGGAAAACUGACUGGUCAUUAGGAGUCGUGAGAGAGAACAUUAACAGGAAGAAGAAGAUUACACUGACUCCUCAGAAUGGAUUCUGGACUGUGAUCCUGAGGAAUGAGAAUCAGUAUAAGGCUUGUGAAGGUCCCUAUGUCUCCCUCAGACUGAGAGAGAAGGUGGAGGUUGUGGGGGUGUUUGUGGACUAUGAGGAGGGUCUGGUCUCCUUUUAUGAUGUGAAGUCCAGAGCUCAUAUCUACUCUUUCACUGGUCAGACUUUCACUGAGAAACUUUAUACAUUCUUCAGUCCUGGUUUAAGAAAAAGAGGUAAAAAUGCAGCACCACUGAUCAUCUCUCCUGUAUUUAAGACUGAAUAA